CCUUAUCGGAGCGAAAAGCUUUGUCGCCAACUAGUGUCUUUCGAAACGCUGAAGUGAGCGCAACGCUGCGCGCGUAUUGCGAUUGAGAGCGACUGCGAGAGCGAGAGGGAGCGCGCAUAGAGACAGCAAUCGAGUGCGCAAGCGAACAAAAGACAAUGAGCUGGUGGAGCAAAAAGAAAUCCACCGACGAAGGCGUCAGCGCCGAUCGAGCGCUGGCGCUGCAGGAUCCACGCACACGGGUGCACACAACAAGCGCUGCCACCCUAACGACAAAUACGGCCGUGCAGAAUUCAACGAUAAUAGAUAACAACAAAAAUACGGUAACAUAUCGGUCCACGCGUCAGACGGUGACGCAUAGCCAGCGGGCGCAUGUUACGGAAAUAACAACGCGUCGCACACCAAGCCAGGCCGAGCUGGACGAGCUCCUGGCGCAGCUGCAUAUAAACGCCGGCAAAGCUGGCAGCACCACAACAACAACAACAACAAGCAGCAAGCGUUUGAGUCCAUCCAGCCUGAAUGGUGUGGCACUGCGUUCGACCACCUCGUUCAAGCCCAAUGCGGAGGCUAGGCGCUCCAGCACAUUGGUCAAGCUGGAGCAGACGACCAUGUCACAGAAGCAGGGACGCACUGUGACACAGCAUGUGGAAUCCAAACGGGUGGUUCUGAAUCCCAGCAAGACCAGUUGGCCGCCAAAAUCGACUACCACAACAACUACCUCAACGGGCAGCUCAGGCACGUCUUCAUACAAGCCAUAUGUGUCGCCAUUUGCGCUAAAACCAAUCGAUUCCAGCUAUGUAUCGCCCUAUGCCUCCAAGACGAGCAGCAUCACUAGCUCUGUGCUGUCGAAGCCAACGGCCAGCCAAUCUGUUCUGUCCAAGCCAACGGUCAGCUCAUCUGGGCGCUCCUCCAUUCCCAGCACAACCUUUGCUACAAAGCCAAUACUGUCGACCCCAAAGACAACUGUGGUGAAACCGUUUAUUAGCCUUAAUCCGAGCAACGGUGCGGUGCCCAAACGUUAUCCAAGCAUUACCAACAGCGAUGCAAAAUGUGAGCUCAAGCCAACAGUAUCACAGAAUAUUACAAUACCCAAACUCAAGCCGGUUAUCAAGAAGAAACUGAAGCCAGCUGUAGUUGUCAUCUUCAAUCAAGAGAAAUUCAACAAUCCAAAUAAUGAGUUCCGUUUGGGUAGCUCCGAAGAUGUUAAAUCGUUGGAUAAAACCUUUAGGGCGCUCAAGUGCAAGGUGCAAAUCAUCACGGAUGCAACGCUCAGUGAGCUCAAGAAUACAGUCCGCAAAUUGGAACAGAAAAACAUGGAGGAUCGUUCAGCGCUGGUUCUGGUCAUAUUGAGUCAUGGCCAACGGAAUGAGUCGGUAGCCGUCAAGGAUGGCGAAAUCAAAAUAGACGACGAUGUCAUCUUUCCCAUAUUGCGCAAUCGCACGCUGCACGAGAAGCCGAAGAUACUUUUCGUGCAGGCCUGCAAAGGUUACAUGAAGCCGGGCGAGUUCAAGACUGAUGCAAUGCAGCCUCAUGGUAGUCCCAGCGAGAUUUUAAAGUGCUACAGCACCUACGAGGGCUACCUCUCCUAUCGCCUUAACACUGGUACGCCCUUUAUUCAGUCUCUAUGCGAUACUCUAAGCUCAAAGCCGGAAGUUGACAUUGAAACCAAUAUGAAAGAUGUGAUACGUUUGGUGAAGAGCUAUACCAGUGAUGCCCAAGUGCCGUCAGUAACCAGUACAAUGACCACCAAAUAUGCUUUUGGAGAUUAUGUUUAAGCUGCUUGCCUUGCGAUUAACAUCUAAGAUAUAGCCAUACGUAAGAGCCAAUAAGUGAUAGAGACUGUAUUCCAAUUAUGUAUAAAUACUAUAUAUUCAUUUAUACAAUUUACCUUUCAAUUCAGAUCUGCACAAAAAACACAAAUAGUUAAGAUAUUUAAUAUGCUGCUUAAUCAUGUUCCUGUCAAAGUUAAAAUGUACUUCAAAAUGUACAAACUCCUAUUUCUUUUAUCUAUCCGUUUAGUUAUCUAAUCUGACUGUAAAAGCUAAUUGACUAAAUAGAAUUGCAGUGCUUCCCAGCAGAGAAACAAAGUGCAUGUUCUGUAUUGCCAUUUGGCAGCACCAGGAAAAAUACAUGUCCUGUAACAUUUGGCAGCACCGUUGACUUUUGAACACACAAAGUUCAAGAAAUCUUCUAGUGCUGCCACCUGGCAAUGCAUUUUGUUUACAUAGGGAAAAAUUAAAUUUGGUGCUGCCAUUUGGCAGCCCCUAAGAUAUGAUUAGUGCUGCCAAUUUAAAUAAAAACAAAACCAAUUAAACCUCUAGUCAAGUAAGCAAACUGAUCAAAAGACUUGAAACAAAUAUAGCUUCUUCCCUCUUACUAUAUCGUA